AUGGAGAGUAAUGUUUUGGUCUACCUUUGCCGUGGUCGAGCCGGAUCAAGCGGCGUAUACGAGAAAGCUUUGAGCUCCAAAGCUACACCUCUUUCCACUCAGCACAUCCAAGAAUACCAGAGUCGAAUUUCUCUGAAUCCAAUAAUUAACCGAAAUGCGCCGAACUUUGCGAGCGCAAACCACAUUGGCCAAGUCGAGCCAAUGGAUCUGACCACGCACGUGCAUGUCGUCCG